GUCUGGAGGUGGGGGCGCGCGAGGGGAGCAUUUAGCUCUCGUUUCCACCGCGUGCGCUCCGGCUCUCGCCACUCGCAGCUGUGGGAUAUGAGAUAAAACUGCACCGCCGCCCUGGGAAGCGCUCAUUCACUCACUCGCGAGUCUCAGGAGCCAAAAGUGAAGCGGUUGGGUGACUCGUCAUUGUGCUGCGUGGCAGCUGCUUUCUGUGGUGGAGCCCAUGAAGAUUUGACUUCUGCACCAUGUUGAGCUUUUAAAGUGCGUUCAGAACUUUAUUUUUGUAAUAGCCUUAACUUGAUUCCUGCCUCUGAGGCUGCGCUGACUCACACCUGAAGACCGGCAUCUCUUUGGGGAGACUAUGAAUGUGCUGUCAACUUCGGUGAUCCGGGCCCAGGAGCAGUCGCUACCCUUCUGUGGCCCCGGGGCUGUCCAGGACUCGCCCCACUGCCCUCCAGGGUUUGGCCUGAGCUCCCGCUUGAACCCUGCACCCAUGCUUGGAUUCCCGGGUGCCCAGAGGUCAAGCAAGGCUCAAAGGGAGCUGAGCCCUGAGGAGCAGCAGGAGCUCCGCAGGAAAAUCAACAGCAGGGAGAGGAAGCGGAUGCAGGACUUGAACAUUGCGAUGGAUGCUCUGAGGGAGGUGAUGGUGCCCUACGCCUCCUCCCCCGCCUCCUCCUCGUCCGCUCAUUCCCACCAACCCGGAGCUCCUCCGGGCCGCAGGCUCUCCAAGAUCUCCACUCUGGUUCUGGCCAGGAACUACAUCCUCCUCCUGGGCUCGUCCCUGCAGGAGAUGCGGCGGCUCCUGGGUGAGGUGAGUGUUGGGAUGGGGGUGAACGCGGGGCCGGUGCCCCGGCUGCUGCUUGCUGGAGGCUGGCCCCUCAUCUCCGGCCCCAGCCAGCUCCUCCUCGCUCAGGAGUCCCUCCUCACCCCGACGGCUCCUUCCUCAUCUUCCUCCUCCACCUCGUCAUCCUCUGCUAAGUCGUCCCUGCUGUCCCCGGGCUCCGUGGAGGCCUCGUUGGCCCCGGUGCAGUGGAGCUCUGCGGGGGCCUCCGCUGGGCCCCUGUGCCCCUGUGGGGUCUGCAGACUGCCCAGAUUCAGCCACUCCACCCCAGCUCCAAGAUUCCCAAAGUGACACCGCGGAGCUGAGGUUUUCUGGAGAACUGUUACGUAUGCAAGAGUUUUUAUAAGAAUUGUUAUUUUUCUAACAUGUUUAACACGUUACUACACUUUACUACUACUCACGAUUAUCCUCUGAUGAUGAACGCUUUUUGAUUUAAUUAUAACAAUUUCAUUUAUUUUUUAAGCGCUAAAACAGAUUUUAUUAUGUCUUGAACACUUAAGGCUGGAUUUGUAUUAUUAUAUACUGUGUGAUGUAACGUGUUGUAUGUAAAUGUGCACGGUGCAUGUGAUGUCAGUGGUGCAGCUUGGUGGGUGAGGAUGGAACGUUCUCUGGGGCCAAAAGAGAAACAAAUGUAAAUAAAAGGCUUUUAUAAAACA